AUGAUGCCUAUGAAAAUAGAAGAUUUAUAGGAAACUCAUAAAAUAAUUUAUGUUCACCCUCAAAAUUAUAGAAAAUAUAGCAUGAUUGAUGAGAGAAACAGCUUAUAUGGAGUUACCGUAGACUUUAGAUUUUUAUAAGAAAUAUUGACAAAUUAGUAUUUAACAAGUUCACACUUGUUGUUCUAUUGUAACUUAUUUAGACAUGCCUAUUAACACAAAAAAAUUGCAAUUGCUCAAUGUUAUUUUUUUGCUGAAUAUAUGGAAGCAUCUACUAAAUAAAUCGAUAACUCAAUUAUUGAUACUUCAUUAUUAGUUAAGAAACACGAACUCAGCAUUAAGUAAAAUACUUAGAAUUCAUAGCAAUAAAACACUAAUUAAGAAUUAUAGUCUCAAAUUGCUAAUCCUUAACAAUAGUAGAACAUAAUUGUAAAGAACUUGACCAGCAAUAACUAAAAAUGGAACUUCCAAAUUACAAAUAUACAAUAUGUUCAAAAUACUACCAUACAAAAUAAAGAGAAAUACAAUAUUAACAAAUUAGAGAGUUUGCUCACAUAAAUGGUUAAUCAGAACGAUCUAAAAGAUAUUUAAUCUUUGAAAAAUUAAGAUUAUCUAUUUUUUCCCAUUAAUUAGCAAAAUCAACAUUGGAUUUGUUUGAUUAUUAGUCUCAAAGAAAAGAAGAUUAAGUUCUUUGAUUCCUAUAAAUAAUACUUGAAUGAAGAUAUCAUUACAGCAGCUAAAGAGAUACUCAAAUUCAUUGGAGUUACUAUGAUUUCUGAAUAUGCCAUAUCAACCCAUUUUAAUAAGUAAAGCAAUGGUUACGAUUGCGGAAUCUUUACAUUGCUUUCGUUACUCUAUACUUAUCAAAACCUACCCUAUGAUUAUAAUUAAUAAAUCGUGACCAAAUAUAGACAAUCAAUCCUAUACAACCUGGCCAUUGUGGGAUCUCAAAUAGAGGUUAGCUAAGAGUUACUUGAAAGAAUAAUUAAGCUAUAGUAAUAAUGA